AUGCUGACCAACGUUGGGCUCUCAUGGCUCAAUUUAGGCAUUGAAGCCGAGCGCUGGGGCUGCCAGCAUCCAAGUAUAGCUCCUUACGAUGCUUUCCAAACUAAGGAUCUCUAUCUUGUCUGCGGUGCGACUAAUGACGGCCAGUUCUCUGCCCUCUGCAAGCUUCUUGAUCUGGAUUCACUGCCGCUGGAUGAAAGGUUUGCGACAAAUCCAAGCCGUGUAGAGAAUCGGGAUGCCUUGACUCCGAUAUUCAACGAAGUGUUUGCUACAAAGACCACGGCCGAGUGGAUAGAGCUAUUUGACGGAACAGGGCUUCCGUUUGCCCCCAUCAACAACAUGGAGGGCACCUUCUCGCAUCGGCAGACAAGUGCGAGGCAUAUGGUUGCCCAAGUGCCAAUAGAAGCCGCGACCGCGGGGGUCAUCAAUCUGAUCGGUGAGUCAGCUUUAAAGAGACAGCAUUCCUUCAACGCUGAACGCACUCAUUAA